UUCAGUACUGAUUGCGCUGUUUUACAUUUUACUUUACCACAAACAUUUUAACACUUGCAGUUUAUAUCAUAACAGUUUCUUCUAAUUAUGAAUGCUUGAUUAAUCAGCAUGCUAACAGCUAGCAAACUCGAGCUGCCCAUCAAUAACACUUAUUUCUCAGAUAUAGACUUAUAACAUACUCGUCUUGUAAGCGUUUAACAACGGUCAUAAGUUCCUCUUGCCUUUAGUACUGCGUCUGUAAUGUUUUUGGGUUCGUAUUUAGUCACAUAUAGUAGAUGUUUAGAUGUGCAGUAACAGUUUAUGAGUUAAAUCUUAAUUUCUGAGUCUUUCUCACUUUGUAGAAAUGCAUCAAAUCACGUUUUGUUCGUGAAUUAAAAAGCGCAGAAUACAGAAGUGCUUCCUACAAUACUGAACAUUUAAUAAGUUUACCAAAUAUAAAGUAAUAAAUGUUCCUAGAAAGUGUAUGUACAGCACGGUCCACUCUGUUGAAUAAUCCUUCACAUUUGAAAGCAUUUUUGUAAAGAUGAGUGGUUUUGGAGGGUAGUUAAUCAGAAUGUAAUUGUGUAAUGAAGUGUUUGCAGUAACAUAUGUUUCUUCUCAUACUGUUUGUUUGUGUAGCGAAGGCUGAUUGUAGAGGAAUCUCCUGCAUCAUGGGAAACACCAGCGAUCGAGUGUCUGGAGAUAGACAUGGAGCGAAGACACAGCGUUCAGACAGCGGAGGACACAGAGACCUGGAGCCCAGCAAACUGAUGGACAGCACAGACGACCCCAAUAUAUUCAACACACACGGGCCAGAGUCUAAAGCCGCGGGUGAGAAGGACUUGGCUCCGGAUCUAGAGGACAUGAAGACGGGUCCGCAGGCUCGACCCACAGUGAUCCGCUGGGCCGGAGGAGGCAAGGAGGUCUGCAUCACCGGCUCCUUCAACAAUUGGAGCAGCAAGAUCCCCAUGAAUAAAAGCCAUAAUGAUUUUGUAGCAAUCUUGGACCUGCCUGAGGGUGAACAUCAGUACAAAUUCUUUGUUGAUGGCCAGUGGCUUCAUGACCCCUCUGAGCCGGUUGUCACCAGUCAGAUGGGCACCAUUAACAAUCUGAUCCACGUGAAGAAAUCAGAUUUUGAGGUGUUUGACGCGCUGCAGGUGGACUCUCUCGAGUGCUCUGAUAUGUCAGAUCUGUCCAGCUCUCCGCCUGGGCCGUACAGACAGGAGGUGUACGUGUUCAAGCCUGAGGAACGCUUCAAAGCACCCCCCAUCCUGCCGCCUCACCUCCUACAAGUCAUUCUCAACAAAGACACCCACAUAUCGCUUUACACGCAGUGCUGAAACCAGGGGUUUCAUGACAUUUUAAAAUGAACAUUCAACAAGUGUGAUCCUGCCCUGCUGCCAGAACCCAACCACGUGAUGCUCAAUCAUCUGUACGCACUCUCGAUAAAG